CUGCACCCGGGGCCCGCCUGCGACGGGAUGCACCUGCUGGCGGCGGCCCACCGCGCUGGGAGCGGCGUGGCGGCGCGCUCCGAGCCGCCGCUGGGGCUUUCAGGCAGGCACCCCGGCCGCUUGCAGCACUUCGUGCUGCACCUCGGGGCAUCCCGGGCCGUGCAUUUUAUGAAUUGCUACGGCUACCGGAACGCCGACCUCAUCCUGGAGGCUGUGGAGUGGGUCCGCGGACUGGGAGAUGUCCCAGCGUUCGUGGUCGGGGACCUGAACUGCCAGCUGGCCUCCUCGGGGCUUGAUGGGCUGCUGGCGAUGGCGGGAUGGCGGGAUCUGCUCGCCGCAGCGGGCCCGACGUGCAUCCCCUCGCAGAAGGCCCCAUCGCGCAUCGACUACGUGCUGGGCAACCCGGCGGCGCAGGACAUCGUCGAGACCGUCGGGCUCCGAUGGGACCUCGGCUUGGCCACGCACGCGGCGCUGUUGAUGACGAUCAAGGUGGGCAGCCCCGAGCCUGCGCUGAUCCGCCAAUCUGUGCCGCCCUUGGAUGGCCCCCCCGCCGACGGCUGGACCCCGCAGUGUGCCCGCGACAUGGCCGUGGCCAUCCAGGCAGCGCACGGUGGGGCUUUCCAGCAGGCGCUCGACCGGCAGGACCUCGAUGGCGCGUGGGAGGUCCUCAGCCUGGCGAUGCGGACCUGGCUCUCGGCUCGCCUCGGCAGGCCGGCGGUCGUGGCGCGGCCUCACGCGGCGGCUGCCUGGAUGUCGGAACGCCCCAAGGCGCGCGGAGGCGGAGGUGACGCUGCCGACGCAGCUGCCGACGCGGCAUUGCUGCGACUCUGGCGGCUCCGCAGCCUCCAACAUGCGCACGGCCGCACCUCCCCCGAAGCAGCGCUGGCCGCCUGCGCCACCCUCCGCGCGCUGCGCACGGCGGACUCUGGCAACCCCGCCUGGGCGGCCAUGCUGUCGGCACUCACGCCGGGGGGCACGUUUCCGGCUCAUGUGAUCGAUCGUGCUGAGGCUGAUUGGCGGCAGGCUCAGGACGCUGCCAGGCGGCGGAGGCGGGGCGAGUGGCGACGCUGGGCACAGGACGCCAUGGCCAACAGCCAAGGGCGCCUGUACCGAUGGAUCCGCGGAGGCGGGACGCUGGAGGCCGAGCUCGUGCCGGCGCCGCCUGCUGCUGGGGCCGCCGCGGCGACGGCGCCGAUCCUAGGUCACAGGACUUGGGCCCUAGCUCUGCAGGGAGGCCCCGCCGCGCGGUUGCGCUACUUUGAGGGCCCCUGGCGCGCUCUCUGGCAGCAGCCGGCGUCGGCGGCAGUGCCGGAGGCGUGGCAACAGGAGUUAGACGGCCUGCCGCCUGUCCCUGACCGGACCCCCUGGACGGGGGACGUCGUGAGCUGGCUCUUGCGGAAGAUGCCGAGGCGCAAAAAGCCUGGCCUCGACGCGUGGACAGUCUCCGAGCUCAGGCUGCUGCCGGCGCAGCUGUGCGGAUGGAUCGCCCAAAUGUUCGAGGCGGUGGAGGCGGUGGGCGGAUGGCCUCGGGAGCUGGUGGAAGCGGAAGACCUGCUCUUGCCGAAGCCGGGCGGCGGCGAGGGCCCGCUCGAGCGCCGGCCGAUCUGGUUGCUUCCA